AAAGAGGAGAAGAGUUAAUUUGGCCAAAGGCUGUGGUGGGUCGCAGUCGUGCGCCGCUUGUUUUAGCGCUGCAGUGUUGUGGGUUUAUGGAUUCACUGAGAGAGGACAAUGUACAUCUCUGUAGUGCUGCUGGUCCUGACUGAAGCUCUGCUCACAGAAGUAUGUCAUGCCCUGAACGUGACAGUGAUUCCGGGCCCCAUUGUCACGGCAACCGAGCGGGACAACCUGACACUGUCCUGCCUGGUAUCUCAGAGAAAGAGGAGCGGCAGCACGCUCGUCCUCCGCUGGUUCUUCUCCCCUCUAGCCGCUCCCACCCCCGAGCCUCCUUUACCUCCCGCGUAUCCUUCCCCCGCUGCCCCCGAGUCCUCCCAGCUCCUCAUAGUCAAGAUGGGCAUCAAGAAAAUCAAGGUGUACGGGAACUAUACCCGUCGCUUCCCUCAGCCCAAGUUUCGUCUUUACGAGCAAAUGGAGGGAGAGGUGUACCGCUUGCGGAUUGUCAACAUGAGCGGGACGGAUCAGGGCUUCUACACGUGUCGAGUGCACGAGAUAAGAAAAUACAGGAACAUAUGGAGGGCAUCGUCCAAUGGUAGCAGCACCACGCAGCUGACAGUGCAUUUUACACUGGAGGCUCGUACCGGUGAAGGAAUUUGGCGUCUGUUAUCAGAUGUGAACGUGUGCGCCGUGCUGAUCUGCUCGCUCGGCUUGCUGUCCAUCUUCCUCUUCACGCUCACGUUCAUCUUCCAGUACUUCUACAGGAGACACAGGCUCAAAGCAAGCUACCUUCUGGUCAAGUGUCCAGAGAGCAGCUCUGGAGAGACAGUAACCAGCUCCAGCAGUUCGUCUAGUUCCUCUCCAAGAGCACAGAAUAAAUACACGGGGCAGAAAUGUGAUAUAAAAGUGCCGUUAAAACCCCCUAAAGCGCCUGAGGAGCCACCACCACACACACCUCCUGAAGCUCCUGUGGCUUCAAAGAGACCCCAGAAGCCCAAAAGGUCAAAGACUCCAAGGAGGUCUGCUACUCCUCAAGCACGUCAGGAGGACAGUCUGACAUACGCGGAGCUGGAGUUGGUCCGACCGACCGUUGAACCCCCGGCCUCGCCCAGUCCCGACCUCGACCUGUCCAGCCCAGACACGGUGUACGCUCAGAUUCUCUUCCAGGAGAAGCAGUUGUAAACACAGCAGCUCGAUCUGGACACACGGAUGUCCCGCUACCUCCCAGAGAGAAAAUGAUUGGGUUCUGGAGUGAGGAAGUGUAUUUAUGAACAUGCAAUCUGACAAUUAGCUUUUGUUUUCACCGUAUGUGUCUUUGAAGACCUGGUUCCAAUCAAAAACAGACAUUUUUAAGGGUCUUACAUUUUAUUGUUUGCUUUGUCGGCAUCUCUGGUCUGUGAGCCAGAUGUUCAUAAGAAUGCACUGUUAUUGCUGAGUGGAUGCUCGGGAGAGAAAUCAUUGUCAAUGCUCCUUUUCCUCUACGACACUGCAACCCUCAGCAAUUUACAUUUAUCUGUAGUUUACUGUGGAAACCCUUCAAUAGAUAAUAAGCAUCUGCCCAUGUAAAAUAUUUGUUUCACAU